AUGGGCACGGCGGGAGGUGCAGCGGUGGCAUCAGCUCCUCUGCUGAGGCCGCGGUUCACCUGCUCGCGCGGGGGCCGCAGGGGCGGAUCUGUCGAUGGGCAGUUCUCCACGGCUCACUGGCUCGCUCCCCCCGCAUCAGAUGUGAUGAGCAGGCUGUGUGCGAGUGGGCCCCGGAGUGGCACCAGCGCGCUCUCGCGCCCCGGUGCGUUAUACAGAAGUCGCCAGAGGCGGAUGGGCACGGCGGAGGAUGCAGUGGUGGCAUCAGCUCCUCUGCUGAGGCCGCGGUUCACCUGCUCGCGCAGGGGCUGCAGGGGCAGAUCUGUCGAUGGUCACUUCUCCACAGCUCACUUGCUCGUUCCCCGGCAUCAGGUGUGA